AUGGGCAGCGGCGGGUCUGGCCUGCCAGGGCCCACGCUCUUCCUGCUGCUGGUGCUGCUGCCAACGCUGCUGAGCGCGCGGAGCUUCCAGCACGACGGUCCAGGCUGGAAGGACCCCCACCACCGCAGUCUGGACUCGGGGAACCUCUACCGCCACCUCAUCCGGGACACGGGAACCUCCCACCACCUCCGCAGCCCCAGCACCUGGACCCGGAAGAGCCGGGCAAAAGAUGAGAAUUCCUGCCAAAGCUCUCUUGACCUCUACUUCAUCUUGGACAUGUCACGCAGUGUGAACAAUAACUGGAUGGACAUUUACACAUUUGUGGAGGAUUUGGUCAAGAAGUAUAGCAACCCUAACCUGAGAAUGUCCUUCAUCACCUACUCCACAGUGGGUCACACCCUCAUGAAGCUCACCUCAGACAGAAAUGAAAUUCGUGAUGGUCUCAGCAGACUUCAGAAUAUAGUACCUACAGGAACCAAACACAUGCAGGAAGGAUUUAAAAAGGACCCACAGAGCCAGCAGGAGUGCCUGCCGGCGCUGUCCAAGACAGAGCCCACUGCCCCCCAGACCCAGCGGGAUGUCUUGUGCAAAAACAAGGUUCCCUCUAUGAUCAUCUCCUUGACCGAUGGAACCCUGGAGGAAGCGCCGUUUGAAAUGACUAAGGAAGAAGCUGACAGGGCUCGGAAAAUGGGAGCAACAGUAUACUGUGUGGGUGUAAAAGACUAUCAGAGAGACCAGUUAUUGGACAUUGCAGACAGCCCGCAUCACGUCUUUGGAGUGGACCAAGGCUUCAAGGCUCUUAAAUACAUCAUUGAGCCACUCGGAGCUAAGUCCUGUAUUGAAAUUACAGCUGUGGAGCCUUCCAGUGUCUGUACAGGAGAUGAAAAUGAAUUGAUUAUUUCUGGAAAAGGAUUUAAUAACGCAAAGAAGAAGGAUGAAGUUAUUUGUAGAUUUAAGCUCAGCGAGAAGAGGUUGUUUGCCUAUGGAAAGGAGGUCUUUGUUGAAGUUAGCCUGAACCGUGGUGUCAGUUUCAUCAGCAGCAAUGUUAAUAUCACCAGCAGGAACUGUGCGCGUACCAGGGAAGCGGGACCAGGUGGCAAGAAUGCUCCACCAGCUGCCCCACUAGAUGCCCAGCAGCCUCCCGAGGAGCCUCCCUCAUCACCAUCCCCACAGUUCACCCUCUAUGUCAAACCUCUCUACUUAUAUGCCCUCAUCCCAGCCCUGCUCCUGUUCCCCCUGAUGCUCUGGUGCAUCUGGUGCCUGUGCCGCAGGAAGAUCGUCAAGGAGCCACCACCAGCCCAGAAACCAGCAAAAGUAAGUGGUGUGUUUCGUAGUGAUGUUGUCAGCAUACUUGAUGCCCACACGGACCUGCACAGAGUGGCCCUCUGA